AGCACCCUACCCUUCCUCCUCUCGCCGGGUUGGUGUGUGUCUUCCUUCCGGCUUGCCGAAGAAAGUUGAGGGAGGUUCAGCGGCAACUGGGCUUUAACAUAAUGGACAGCCAGGGAAGGAAAGUGGUAGUCUGUGAUAAUGGGACUGGGUUUGUCAAGUGCGGCUAUGCAGGCUCCAACUUCCCAGAGCACAUCUUCCCUGCGCUUGUUGGGAGGCCCAUUAUUCGCUCGACAGCCAAAGUCGGAAACAUUGAGAUCAAGGACUUGAUGGUGGGGGACGAGGCCAGCGAGCUGCGCUCCAUGCUGGAGGUCAACUACCCCAUGGAGAACGGCAUCGUCAGGAACUGGGAUGACAUGAAGCACCUGUGGGACUACACCUUCGGCCCAGAGAAGCUCAACAUCGACUCCCGCAACUGCAAGAUCUUGUUGACCGAACCACCCAUGAACCCCACCAAGAACCGCGAAAAAAUCAUUGAAGUGAUGUUUGAGACCUACCAGUUUUCAGGAGUCUACAUUGCCAUACAAGCUGUGCUGACGCUGUAUGCCCAAGGCCUUCUGACCGGUGUGGUGGUGGACUCGGGUGAUGGUGUGACACACAUCUGUCCAGUGUAUGAGGGCUUCAGCCUGCCUCACCUGACAAGACGCCUGGACAUCGCAGGCAGGGACAUCACCCGCUAUCUCAUCAAGUUGUUGUUGUUGAGGGGUUAUGCCUUCAACCACUCUGCAGACUUUGAGACGGUGCGUAUGAUGAAGGAGAAGCUGUGCUACGUGGGCUACAACAUCGAGCAGGAGCAGAAGCUGGCCCUGGAGACCACCGUGCUGGUGGAAUCGUACACUCUGCCAGAUGGUCGUGUGAUCAAGGUGGGAGGAGAGCGGUUUGAGGCCCCCGAGGCUCUGUUCCAGCCCCACCUCAUCAACGUGGAGGGUGUCGGAGUGGCGGAGCUCCUCUUCAACACCAUCCAGGCAGCCGAUAUAGACACCAGGUCCGAGUUCUACAAACACAUCGUGUUAUCAGGAGGAUCCACUAUGUACCCGGGCCUGCCCUCUCGGCUGGAGAGGGAACUCAAGCAGCUGUACCUGGAACGUGUGCUCAAGGGAGACGUGGACAAGCUUUCGAAAUUUAAGAUCCGGAUCGAGGAUCCUCCCAGGCGAAAGCACAUGGUGUUCCUGGGCGGAGCCGUGCUGGCCGACAUCAUGAAGGACAAGGACAACUUCUGGCUGACCCGCGAGGAGUACCAGGAGAAAGGAGUCCACGUGCUGGAAAAACUCGGAGUCACCGUCAGAUAAAGCACUGGACGGACAGACCCACACACACACACACACACACACACACACACACACACACACACACACACACACACACACACGACAUACACACACACACACGACAUACACGCAUCCCCCUCCCCCCCCUCGCCCACAUCGCAGAGUAUAUAUCUAUUUAUCCCUCUUCUUCUCUCUUUCGGCUCUUGAUACUACUCAAACAUCAGAGGGAGUCAGGCCGUCACCUCCUCCUCCUCCUCCUCCUCCUCCUCCUCUCUCUCUCUCCUCUGCCUUUCUUCUCUCCUGGUUUGGAAUUGGCUCACGCUUUUCCUCGCAAGCCCACGAGAACCAAUUCCAUCUUUGCAGAUUUUACACUGAAAACCCACCUUUACUUAAACCAUGAAUCGAAGAGGUUAAUGUUGCCCUUCUGGUGUAUUUUUGAAUCCGAUUUUCACUGAAGGUUAAACCCAGGGUGGGAAAUGUUAAUAACUCUGCUUGUUAACCUCCAAAUAGGUUUGUUGUGAGUUAUACUUGGCGGGUUAACCCACCAGCCGCUGCAGUGAGUGUUUUUAGGAAGUUGAGUUUCCUCCCUUGAUUAAACCUCCCGGAAGGGGAUAAAUUGAUGCAAAGCUUCUGUAAAUCUGUAAUAUCACAAUCAGGGUCCACCACAAACAGCCACGGGCCGCUUUCAGCAUCUGUUCCAGGUGAGCGAGAACUGAUCACAUUUUUAUGUCGGUUUUUUAUAAAAUAAUAUCAUGACUUUUUCUUUUCUGGGAGAGGGAUUUCUUUUUAUUGUGCUGUUCCUUUUUUUUUUUUUGUUGGAGUUCAAUUUAUUCUUUUAUUUUUCUUUUUCAUUGACAUUUUCUUUUGUUGCUGUGCACUACUACCAUUGUAAAUGGAGUGUAUUGUGGUAACCGAAGUUGCUCCAUGUUUUAUUUUUUUUUUUGAAGAAUCGAUGGUUGAUUUAUAAAGGGACAAAUACACAAAGGAAAGCCCCUGAGCUUGACAUCGGGUGUGUGACGGUACUUCGGAGUUUGUGGGCGGUGACACGAUGAUGGGAUGUUGGGGGGGAGGGGGGGCGGAGUGGGAGUGAUGCUAUUUGUUCCUCAUCAGACAGCCUCGCCUCUGCCUCCUCUCUCUGUGUAAAUCUCAAGCUGAAUAAACGGGUGUGAGCAGUUGUAGCAAUAUUACAAACUGUGACGACAACCUAGCACCUUACCCGUCGUAUUCCUUCAGAUCCACCACAGCACGGAGGCAGUCGCGGGUUGGCGAUGAGAUCGAUUUGAAUCUGGGCGCAGAGCACCGCAAAAGUGGGACAAAAUAAAACGGUAUUUUAUCGACGUUGAAAUACUGUUGAGACCGUAUUUAAGUUCUCCAGUCUUUGGCCCCCCAACGGUUGACUUAAUGAUUACUGGAGGCACUUCUACUUUUGAGUAUGAAAAAUGUUUUUUUUUUUUUUUUUUUCUUCCUCUUUCCAUGAACGUCUAUCCAGUGCCAAGUGCAGUUAAUGUUAACUGGAUCUCAUGAGUUAAUGUCUUUCUUUUGUCACUGUUUUUGUUUUUUAUUUUCCUGUGUUGUUCAUAGCAUAACUGCCUAACGCUGAUUUAAAUAAAGAAAAGUGAUUUAUAAGGA